CGCGCACGCAUCCAAUGGCAGCCUUGUGGAGAGGUGGAUGGGCUGCACCCGUUACUAGGUGGGGUUUACCACCAGUAUAAAUAUACUCUCUCGGUCGCUACAACGCCCCUGGAAACUCAGUGAGACAAACCUCUUCCCUGUAAAGCCAAACGACAGACCCCAUCGCCCCACCAUGGCUUUCAUCAGUGCCUUCCUGGAGCAGACGAUCUAUAUGGGCAUGCCCGAUGACUCAGUCCUGAAGAAGGAGGGGACGGUGACCCCGGCGGCCAAUUUCUGUGCCAAUGGAGACGCGGCAGUCCUGGAGAAGGCCAUCAAGACCAAAGGUGUGGACGAGAACACCAUCAUUGAAAUCCUGGUGAAAAGGAGCAACGAGCAGAGGCAGCAGAUCAAAGAGGCUUACCAGCAGGCCAGCGGCAAGCCUCUGGAAACGGUGCUGAAGAGCGCUCUGAAGGGAGAUCUGGAGGACGUGGUGUUGGCUCUGCUGAAAACACCGGCCCAGUACGAUGCUCAGCAGCUGAAACUGGCUAUGAAGGGUCUGGGCACAGACGAGGACACCCUCAUAGAGAUUUUGGCUUCCAGAACCAACAGAGAGAUCCUGGAUAUAAAGAAAGCCUACAAGGAAGAAUACAAGAAGGACCUGGAGGACCACAUCAGGUCUGACACGAGUGGAGAUUUCAGGACUGCCCUCCUUGAGCUCUGCAAGGCCGGCAGGACUGAAGGAGUCAAUGAGGUGCUGGUCGACAGCGAUGCCAGGUCUCUGUACGAGGCCGGGGAGGGCAGGAAGGGCAAGAACUGCUCCGUCUUCAUCGAGAUCCUCACCAGCAGGAGCGCCCCUCAUCUCCGCAAAGUAUUCGAGAGGUACUCAAAGUACAGCAAAGUGGACGUGGCCAAAGCCAUCGACCUGGAGAUGAAGGGAGAUAUUGAAAACUGUCUCACAGCUUUAGUGAAGUGUGCGGGAAGCAGGCCUGCGUUCUUCGCUGAGAAGCUCUACUUGUCCAUGAAGGGUAAAGGUACCCGCAAAGCUAUCCUGACUCGCAUCAUGGUGUCCCGCUCUGAAAUCGACAUGAAACGGAUCAAGGACGAGUACAAGAAAGCUCACGGCAAAACACUGUACCAGGACAUCCUGGAUGACACUAAAGACGACUAUGAGAAGAUUCUACUCGCCCUCUGUGGGGGUGAAAAUUAAUCGCCAAUCAUCAAGACCAGCGCUCAUACAUGUCACCUAUAAUCUCCUGACACCGUAUGCUCUUAUAGAGAACCGACAAGAGUGUCUUUCUUUGUGACUGUCAUGACAUUUAGAUAUUUACAGCAAAGAUUAACGUGGAAUCGACACGGCUUCAGCGGAUAAAGUUAUUCCUUUUCAUCCCCAGCACUUUUAAUUCAGCAUAUUUCUGAUAGCAGUGCAGCAGCGGGACCAAAUCUCCGGGACAGACUUAGCUUUUACACUCAGAGGAAGAUGAAGUCCCUGAUCUCAGUGCAGCUGCUAACAGAUGUAUGCAGAUCACCAUGUGCCAAUCAUAUUCAGUGGCCUACCCCUUGAAGGAGCUUGGACAUCUUGCAAAUAAAAGCUUUUUGUAUGAAGGCU